AUGCCCAGCAAGGGAGUGCAUGUGUUCACCUACAUCGCCGUGCCCGGCUGCUCGAUUGAGCUGUCGGUGCCCGAGCAGACCAUCAACGUCAAUGAGCUGAACCGCUUCUGGAACGGCACCAUGGAGGUGGAGGCCUUCGCCAUAGACAGCCUGUUCGACAAGAGGGGGCGCUUCACCUUCAAGGUUUUCCGGGACGGAAACCUGAUCACGGAGCAAUGGAUCGAUGUCAACGCUAUCACGGGCAACGCCAGCGGCGGCACCAUGGAGUCCAUCGCCAACACCCCGUCCAUCUUCCACGGCGACGACCUCAUCGUCUGUUACGGUCUGUACGAGGCUGGCAGGGGGCAUGAUAUCCUGCCCAACCGGCACCAAUGCUACAUCACCGUCACGCCCAACUACUCCAACUGGAUCGGCAACGUAGCCCCGCCGGGCUCAGAUCUCGAGAACAGACCAUUCACCAGGCUGGUCCUCCCCUCGGCGCACGACGUCGGCAUGAACAGCAUGCAGAGCAGCGAGGCUCUCCUGCAGCGUGUUGGGGGCGCCGUCGUGGGGACCAUGAUCGACGACAACAAGCUGCUCACACAGAUCGCGGACGCCCUGUCCGGGCGGGCCAUCGCGCUCAUCGCGCCCAACAUCAUCUUCAGCCUGGCCAUCACGCAAAAGGACAGCCUCGACGCCAUGCUGCGCAUCGGCGCGCGCUACUUUGAGUUCCGCCCCGCGCACCUGCACAACGCACUCGUCCCCACGGGCGCGCUGCCGGACCGCCUCUACUUCCAGCACGCCGCCAUCCCGGGCAUGGCGUACGACGCCUUUCUGCGCGAAGUGAUCACUUUCUUGCGGGAGCACCCCACCGAGAUCGUUGUGGUGCAGCUGCGGUGGGACGGCGUGGUGGAGGAUUGCAAGCGGCCCUCGGACGACGAGAAGCGCGAGUAUCUGGAGACGGCGCUACGGGAGGGCAACGGGGAGAUAGUGGCGGGGAAUUUGGACGACAUGAAGCGUAUGAGCAUUGCUGAGCUGCGCCGGGAGCGGAAGAGGUUGAUCAUGCUCGACAUGGUCGACUCGCUGUCGACGUACACGGACGAGGGCAACGCGACGCUUAAUGGUGACAGCAUUGUUGAGGCUUUCCCCAGGGUGCUGACGCCUGACAAUCAGCGAGGCAAGGCCUUUGUGAAUAUCCAGUGUCAGGCGACGGCGUCGAAUAUCCCGCGGGCUGUAGUCAUUUCUGUUCUGGAAGCGGGAGUUACGACGAGCUGUCUGCUGGCGACCAAGGGGAUAUGCGAUUCAAAGACGCUGCCUUGGUGCAGGGAUAACGUGCUGCGGACGUGUGAGCUGGAUCAGCUGGUUGUUAUGAUGAAUGACUGGAUUGACGGUGCCACUGCUGAUGUUGCGGUGCAACUGAGUCGGCAGAGGUUGGAGAGGUAA